UAGUAGAAGGACUCCGUUGUAGUAAAGUGGUCAGAGAGGCAUAUGCUGGCGGGCGUUGCAAGCUCCAGUGGCAGCGUCAUGUUUCCCCUCCUCAGUUUGCUCCACUCUUGACCGCCGCAGGCCCGUGCAGUGGCCCCGAGGAUGUACGCGGAAGGCGAGGGCACCGUGUGGGACCGGGUCGGGCGGCCCCACCGGGACUGCAUGUGUUACCUUGGACCGCCGACUAACUUGAUGCCGAUCGGGAUGCGCAAGUCGCCCGAAGUGAGCCCCAGAAGGCUUUCGGACAUCAGCCCCCAGCUCAGACAGCUCAAGUAUCUUGUGGUGGACGAGGCCAUCAAAGAGGAUCUCAAGUUUUCCCGCUCAGUUGAGGACAUCAACAGCGCAUCCAUCGAGGAGCGAAUAUUGCGGAUCACCGGAUACUAUGGCUACCAGCCUUGGAGUGCCCGCUACAAGAGGGAAGAGCGGCCCAGGGAGCACGUGGCACACAGCGGUGCAGAUGUUCAGUCGGCGGCGGGCGCGGCGGGUCCUGAGUCCAACUCCACCAGGCGGAAACUGCAAUGCUGCAUCCGGAUAACGGCGUUGCAAGUGCGGAAGGCCCUGUGGGGAGUCGCCAUGGUGAUGUGCGUCUGCUCGUCGUGGGCAGGCUCCACCCAGCUGGCCAAGCUGACCUUUAAGCACUUUGACGCCCCUUUCAUCCUCACCUGGUUCGCCACCACCUGGAACUGUCUCUUCUUCCCGCUCUACUACAUCGGCCACCUGUCCAAGAGUCCGCAACGGCAAACGGCCAGACAGAGAUUAAGGGAUUGUUGUCGCUUUUUUGGGGACGACGGGCUGACGCCCAAGGUGUUCUUUACGAAGGUGGCCCCCUUCGGACUGCUGUGGAUCCUCACCAACUACUUGUACCUGCAGGCCCUCAGGAAGAUCAACACAACAGACGUGUCGGCGCUCUUCUGUUGCAACAAGGCCUUCGUCUUCCUGCUCUCCUGGAUUGUCCUGCGAGACCGCUUCAUGGGUGUCCGAAUAGUGGCGGCCAUCUUGGCCAUAGCAGGCAUCGUCAUGAUGACCUACGCUGACGGCUUCCACAGUCACUCGGUUAUUGGCAUCACUCUAGUCGUUACUUCAGCAUCCAUGUCUGCACUAUACAAGGUUCUCUUCAAGAUGGUCCUCGGCAGUGCCAAAUUUGGGGAGGCUGCACUCUUUCUAACUAUUGUGGGAGGUGCCAACUUUGUUUUUAUCAGCAUUGUGCCCAUCGUCCUCUAUUUUACCCGCGUGGAGUACAUUGAAUCGCCAGGUGACAUCCCCUGGGGGUACCUCUGUGGGGUGGCAGCCUUGCUUUUUGCUUUCAACAUCCUGGUCAACUUCGGCAUUGCCAUAACAUACCCGAAUUUUAUCUCCCUUGGCAUCGUCUUAAGUGUUCCUGUCAAUGCCAUGGUGGACUUCUACACAUGUGAGAUCAAUUUCAACACAGUGCGCCUCAUCGCCGUCUCCAUCAUUUGUCUGGGCUUCCUAAUGCUGCUCCUUCCAGAGGACUGGGACCAGUGCAUCAUCCGGCUCAGCACCAAGCUGCGCAAACGCGACGAACCAUCUGAGGGUGUCGCGGAGGCGGGGGCCUCAACAGGGCUCAACUGGAGGGGUCGGGCCAGGACCUCCAUGUCCACAUUUGCACGCUGAGAGGUUACCAUGUCCUUCAAUGGUCUCCGUUGAAGCGGCCUCCUUGGAUGUGAAGUUUGUCUGUAACAUAUGGAUCGGGAAGAGAUUUUCUGCCAUCAUCGAGUUGAUGGAUGGCUCAAAUCAGAUGCAUCGGUCUUACUCAAGCUGUAAUCAGGUAUUACAGAUAAAGUGACAAUAGUACCUGUCAUCAAUUUUACAUUGGCUCACCACAUCCUUUGUCUGGGAAGCUUUAUUAAAGAAGAAGGUCAAUAUUGUGCACUUGAUUUGCUGUAAGACGAAAUACAAGCUUAACAAUCCAAAGACGAAUGCCUACAAAUGCUGAAUGCCUGCAAAUUAAUGGGAGGCCACAUGCGGCGUCCCUCAGGUGUCAUGACCGAUUCCUUCCUCCUUUGCACUGUAUAUAGCAGCUUGUAAUUCAUUCACACCUGCCGACCUGAUUCGCUCAUGUACUGUGAACAAGCCCGUGUGGACGUGACGCUCAGUGUGAGCUCGACAUGAUUUUACUACACCUCUUUCCAUCUAAAGCCUUUUUUUUUGGACCACUCUGAUUGGCCCCCUGUGUUCAUGUGCUCUCCGGGGGCUGCUGUGAGCUGCAACCACUCCCAAAGUGGAAGUGGUGACACCUGCCAAACUGGCUGGCAGUUAAGUCAAGAGCUCUGAAAAGAAAAAUGUGCAAUGCAUGAUUAGCUACGACUGUCAUGAAGUGAGAUUGCUUUCAGUUCAGCCAACUUUUUAAAGGUGAAAGUUUAAGUACUGCAACCUUUGGCUGAAAGAAAUUAGAUAUUCACUGUGAACGAAACUACACUGAGCCCACCUUUGGAUUCACGUCAUUUAACUCACGCAUAACAAAGUCAUUUGGAGCAAAUUUACGUUAUGUAAUUUUUAUAUGCAGUGGAUGGAUAGGUUUUCUACUAUCCCUCUCCCAGGACACUUCAUUAGUUAUUAUUAUUAAUAUUUUUACUGCAGAGUACCGCACAUCUACAAUGCAUUGUAAUUUUAAAUACUAGUAUACAUUACAAAUUUCAAUUACUAUGAACAAAUAAUACCUAUAACCAUAGUAGCUACAAUAAUUUUACAUGUAGUACAUAAAAAAACAAUAUAACCCAUAAUAACCUUAUAUAUUGCAUUACAUUUUAAUCACUUUUUCAAAUUAAUUCGGCCCAAUGUAGAAAUAGUUUAGCUGUACUUCAUUUCAACUUCAGUUUCACAUAUGUCAUGCCUGCCCUGCAGGUUGUGUGUGUUGUAGUAAAGGCGUCUACCAUUUCGCAAUCGUAUCAGUAAUGCGUAGUCAAGUUAAAGGCAACAUAGUUGCAUUACUUUUCUAAGAGGAUUCUCAUUAAGAUACAGUGUUUCUUUAUUCUAGCGGAUGCAUCUGUUAGAGGGGAAGCGACAAUUUUAGGAUUCCAGUAAGUGGAGAGCGAAUUCAAUGGUGUGUACCUCAUCUUGUUGUUGGUGAGUGUAGCUUGGAGGAACAUGAACUUCUGUAUCGUUUUGUUGUUGUUUACUGUAUUUAAGACAUUUGAGACAAGUUACCAGUGGAGGUACACCCCAGCCUCAAAUGAAGAGUUGGAAACUGCCUUGUUGUGAAUGUAUGAACAUCACUCUGUGUAAUAUGCUUUUUACAGUGCUACCACAAACUUCUGCAGACAAGUACUCAUGUGCAUUUGUUUUUUAGUAUUUGAUUUUUGACUCCACAUGGCACAUUUUUCAUAUUUUUUUACACCUGGCUGCUGUUGAGACAGAAAGCAGGGCAAGCCGACGAUGACGUCACAGUUAUCAAGACCACUUCACUGCCUUCUUUGUUUUCACAGCAACAUACAUGAGCACUAUUUCCCAUUGUCAUUCUCAAUGACAAUAAAAAAAAAUAUUGUAUUCCUUUGGAAUUAUUGCUAGACAUAAAUGUAAACCUUUGUAAGGAAUGAGGAUUUUAUACGCUGAGAUGCAACAUACUGUAUGAUUAUCACAUUUCAGAAAGGGAAAGGGGAGCUGUCAUUAUUAAAUGAUGGGUUUAUUUGAUCUUCUGGUGGUGGGGGCAGGGUCUUCAUGUAUAUUCACAUAUACUUCAUA